AUGUCAUCCCCUUCUCCUUUAUCACAAUCAACUCUACCCCAAUCAAACACUAGUCUGACACCAAACAAACCACCUUCAACUUCUAAUAAACCCAAGGAUGGCGCAAGAACUUUGGUAGAUGCUUUAACUGCUUAUCAACGUAGGAAUGCUAGACCUAGAGCCGAAAGAAAUCAAGUUCAGACUAGCUCUCAAUCUGCGAACCCGUCUCCUUCUCCGAACAACCUGUCUCCAAGACCAAACCGUUCUGAUUCCAAUAACGAUGACAAUGCUGAUAACAAAGCGAAUCCAACGACUCCUGAUCGUCACCGUUUAGCUCCAAGCUCAGCCCGAAGUCGAAAUCACCAUGUAUCUGAAUUCAGUCGUAACCUUAACCCUGAUCAAGAAGUCCAACUUAACAAAAACACAGACAAUCGUGGUCGUCUCAAUGGAACGAGAUUCAAAUCAUCUCAUAAGACUACCGCUGGUGGUGUGGUAGGCGGAAGGUCUCCCUCGAAUAACCUACCCUCUUCGAAGCUGUACGACCCCAAUUCCAGCUCACAUCCUCCAGCCCGGAUCUUUGGUGAUAGUGGUCGUCUUCCUAUCUCUGCCAACACACGUCCUCACUCUCAUCGGCUUGUUUCAAGUAAAUACGAAACCACCACAGCCCCCGGAGGGAGUAAUACGCAAUCAUCUGUCAAGCCUGGCCAUGAACGUGAAGGUCCUUCUGCUGUACGACCUCAUUCGUCACAGCCAAUCAAGAAAUCUACCAUGGCUAUGGAUGCCGAUCUCACAGGUCAUGAGCGUUGGAAGACAAAGAAACCUAUUCGUGGUGAUAGCUCAAUAACUGCUGGUGCAAAUGGAGCCCCAAGGCAGCUUUUUGAUCCACGGAAGCACGACCCGGUCAAGUUCUCUGCAGCGAACCGCCCGAUCGAAACUGGCGCAGCAAAUGGUCUAUCUGAUAAUAGAGAUUCUGCUACCGCCGGUAGUGGGCUAGCCACAGCCGGCGCACAUGAAGAUAACGGCCAUGGUUCGCAUCUAGAUCAAGGGGGUAAACCCACGAGUACGAUUGUCCAGCUCAAAAGAGCCUACAAAUAUAUUGUAUGUCUCGAAACUGCACUCAAAGAAGAAGAAUUUGCUUCAAAAGCUAAAGAAGAAGAAACAAAGACUCGUGAAAUCAAUUCGGCUCAAGACGGACGUCAUAAAUUGUUGGAGGAUGACUAUUGGGUGAAAUUGGCUAAGCAACAUCGAGAGUUUGUCGGAGUCUCCCUCAUUGUUUCAUACAGAUUUCAUCAACUACUGGAACGCUUACGACAUGCACUUCCAUCUAACUCUGGGCAAAGUAGUAAUCAUCAUCUAUUGGAACAUAUGACAGAUUUCAUCUACUUUGCUUAUGGGUUCUACACUAAUUUACUGGAAGAACAGUCUUUUGGCAGUUUCAGAAGUAUUUGGAUCGAACAACUUGGUGAUUUGGCUAGAUACAGGAUGGCUGUUGCAGGCUUGAUGACUAAACUAACAUCCAAUCAUCAACACUCUAAGAAUAUCGCUAAUGAGAUGACUUCAGAGGUCCAUGCUAGUGAUACUGAUUUCAGCGAUGCAGAUGAUCAGGUGGCCGGAAAGGCUAUGCGACGAAAGCGAAGGGGACGAAGACGCAAAGAAGGAUCUCAAAGCGAUCAUUCAAUGGCCGACAGUUUAGAUCUUGCUAGUGAUAGCCAUCAUUCCCGAAGCAGUGACGAGGAAGACACUCGUCUAUCACCCGCCCCGAUCAAGCCUAAGGCAGUCCCAGUAACUCCGAAGAUUAUGCGUGGAAGCAUAGGUGUUGCAGCACUUGGAGAUUGGGAAUUUGAAGAACAAGAGAUUUGGCGUGCUACUGCUAAGGAUUGGUAUUCCAAAGGUUUGGCUGAAAGUCCCGGCACGGGUCGUUUACAUCACCAUCUGGCUUUACUCAGUAAGGGAGACGAAUUAAGGACAUUGUAUCACUAUACUAAAAGAAUGAGUUACAGCGCAGUACUGAAUUAUGCUAUUUUUGAUUUGGGUGAGGAUAGCCUGACAGCCUCGCAUCCUUAUUUACCUGCUAGGGAAUCGAUCUUGCCCUUUUUCGAAUCUGAACAUCAAUCAAGACGAACCAGGCCUGAGGUGUCAAUCAAUGAUCUUUUUGUACACUUACACGGCAUGUUAUUUACCAAGAUCCAAUUAGACGACUUCCAUGAAGAACUAGCGCGUUUUAUGGAGAAAUUGACGGAAGAUCGAGUUUUAUCAGAAAGACAUCAUCGAGUGAGCGAUUUCGAUCGACUUCCGACUGUUGUUGCUAAGCCAGUAAUGUCAGAUGCUAGUUGGGUGAUGAUGGCCACCAUCAACAUCUGUGCACUCCUGCAAUAUGGAGCAGAUGAUGGAGUGAUACGAGUGAAUCAAUCUUUUCGACAAAAAUCUGGUACGGACAUGGGAUCUCGUCACUUGGGUGGCAAAAGAGCAGUUGGCAAAAUGACUGCAUCUACAGGUAAAACAUUGAUGAUCGCACCACAGGCCAUCUUGGUGAAUCAUUCAUCCAAUACACCACCCAGUGUAAUGCCUGACAGUUUAAACCUUCGACGUCCAUCGCAAUCGAUCAGCUCAGAUGACGGUAUGCUUGCUUCAUCUGUCGAUCAACAUUCCGAUACCUUUUCACACACUGAUAGUCAGCCCAAUCACGAAGAUGAAGUGAUGAAUUCAACAACGCUAAUCGAAGACCAAAUGAGAUCUAUUAAAGUCAAGUCAGAUCAUCAAGAAGUAGAUGAUGAAGGAGGACCAAUAGUUUUUACUUUGGCUGCAAAAUUGAGUUUUGAUAUGUUAUCGGAUGCAUUACAGCCUAAUCUUUACCGAUUAUGUCCAUAUGUGACUUUAAUAUUAACAUUCUUAGGAUCAAUGAGUCACAAUUCUACCUUGAUGCGAAAACUAGAAAAGUUCAUACCAUGGAUGAGGUUACAAGAAUUAUUUAAUUCGAUACCUGAAUCAAUUGAAUUAAAGUCUACGUCAAAUGAAUCAUCUACUCAUAGUUCAACUGGAGGAGUAUUCAAAUUGAUUGGUCAUCCUUUACCAGAAGAUUGGUGUUUACGUGGAAUGGAAUGGACAAACAAAACCUUAUUUGGAAGAGGAUAUUGGAAACCUUCAAAAGAAGUUGAUGGGCAUAAUAAUGAAUCAUUUCAACCAGUUAAUCGAAAUUCUGAACCUGAAUCAGAGAUGGAUGUUUUACUUUCUUUCUCUUCAUGCGAAGCGGAAAGAUCUCCAGAUCCAUCUUCUGAUCCAACACGAAGUUUGAGUUGUGCUUCGUAUGAAAUGGAUAUGGAUGACGAGCUUAACCCUGACGAUAAAGAAUCUCAAGAAUCAAAGGCAAGUCGAGACGCGCGAUGGAAACGGAUCUCCUUGGUGGCUGUGUGGAUCUCCAAAUCAAUCCCUGGUUUCGGUUUCGAUCCUACCAUGCCUACUCAUUCUAGGUUUGCCAUCUUGAAGAGUUUGAGAAAUAAGAUUCAUGAAUGGGACUCGGAGAGGCUAUUUGAUACGAAUAUCUUGAUUGGAAUGUUAUCGAUCAUGAAAGAUUUGCUCGAAUCGGAACAAUGGACGAUGAUCAUCCCAUUAGUAGUGAUUACAGAAUUAGAUGGAUUAAAAAAAGGAAAUCAAUCCAAUGGAUCACAAUCAACACAUCAUCAAAAUCAUAACAAUAAAGACAGAUUGAGCUCAGAUGCAACAGAAGCGAUCAAGUAUUUAGAAAGUUCGAUCAAGACCAAAUCAAGAUGGUUGAAGAUUCAAACUAGCAAAGGGAAUUAUCUAAGAGAUUUAUCCAUCAGAAACGAAAAGAUCAAUUUUCAAGAUCCUCAUCAACAUCAUUCAAAUUAUAAUCAAGUAGGAUUUUCAACUGAUCAUGCAUAUAAUUUAGAUGAUUUAGUUCUGAGAGCAACUAUGUGGCAAAUCGAACAUUUUAAUCAUUCAUCAAUUAAAUCUAAUCAAAAUCAAAAAACUGAAGAAGAAAUCGUAGAAGAAGAUCAACAAAAAGCAGAGAAAGUAGUUUUAGUUACAUUAGAUCGAAAUUUAAGAUUGAAAGCUAGAGCUAGAGGAAUCCUUGCGGCUAAUGAAAACCAAAUUAUUGGAUUAGUUGAACUUUCCAAACAAACUCAACUUGGGGGGUAAUACAAAAAGAAAACUUUUUGGACGAUCUUUUUCUUCUCAUACUCUCUUUCUCCUCUCUUUUGUCUUUCUAACGGCUGGAAACAAUCAGUUUUAGAAGAUCAUUUGGAACUUUUUGGAGAUAUAAGGAGUCAAGGAAUUUGAACGUUUGAACUUAGACCCGGGUACGGCGAUUGUAUGUCUGUGUGUGUGUUUUCAAAGGGAGUAGAGUGAAAUCAAACGAAGCAAAAAAAUCAACCGCAAGAUCAAAUCACAAGUUCUAGAGCCAGAAGGUUAUGUGUGUGCGUGUGUGUUUCUGGUCUGUUUUUUUGGCGCCCUCCUCUCCUCUUCUUUUCUCUAUCCGAGGUUGCUACCUACACUUACAGCUACACACAUGCCAACACCUACACACACACACACUAUCUCUCUGCGUGUCUCUUUUUGGUUCAUCUAACCUUUGCAAAAGAUGAACUUAUGUUGUUGAUGGAUAGGUUUCUUUGUCAUGAGAAAAUCGGUUCAUUAACUAAUUGAACUCUCGAAUUUAUAUCAAACAUAUAUCUCGAAUAGGAAGAUACCUCAAGUUUAUCGUUUUUUUCUUUGUUUGAUGUCGACCUUGGAAGUGAAUUGAAACUUGAAUCAAGAAUAGGAAGACCAAAUUGGAAAAGUGUUGUGGAUUGGUUUGUUUGUUUUUUUGGUUUAGAGAUGGGGAAAGGAUUUGGUUAUAAGAAAGGAAUUUGAACAAUUUCGAUUUAGAACUUUGUAAUGUUUUUUUUGUUUGGGAAUAGGAAAGAAGAGAAGGAUCAUGGGGGAAGUAGUGGGAGAUGGUGGUUGUUGUUGAUUUUUUUUGGAUUAAAUUUUAUAAUGAUUUAUGAAAAGUUUUUUGAUUGUUGUAGAAAAGAAAAAAGAAUUUUGAAUUGAUUUUUUUUUGGUGUUGUUGAUUUUU